UUUUUUUGGGUUCUCUGAGUUACUCGGUUUGAUCGAGAUGACGAGCUUGAAUUUUUGUUAGCUAGUUGCAGAGUUUUCAUGGAUUCUUGGGGUUUUUAUGUUAGAAACUGUUUUCAAGAACUUGGUUUUGUUAAAAGGUAGCAGCUUUUUGGGUUAAUGAAGUAAAUAAAAAUAUGGGUAGUGCAUAUUUUUCGGGAUUUCUUCUGAAAUUGUGUUUUUUUGAGGAUGGAGUUUUCAAAAAUGGCGUUUUUUCUUCUUCUUCUGGUUCUGAAAUUUGUGAAGCUAUUUUGUGUGUCAAAAAUGGCGUUUGAUCAUUCAUUUUUUCUUUGUUCUCUACAACCAUGUUUAUAAUCUUUUAUGUAUCGUUAUAACUGUACUCAUUUGGAAAUUUUGGCUGAUUUCGGAUGUAUUUCGAUGGCGGAAUUCUUACGGCCUUUAGAGUUUCGGGUUUGCGUUAUAAUUUCGACCUUUGUAUCGAAAAUGGGGGCCGGCAGGAAGACACAGACCUUUACUUUAUCUUCUUCUCAAGACAUGGCACCCUACUCUGCAUCCAUGAGGAAUUUGCGGCGGAAUAGCCUUGGUGGAGUCAUCUUCGGUGCCACGAGAUUCACAAUUGACGAAUGUCUAUCUAAACAACUAUUUGGCUUACCAGCUGCACACUAUAUGUAUGUGAAGAACAUUACUCGUGGCUUGCCACUUUUUCUCUUCAACUAUUCCGAUAGGAAGCUACAUGGAAUUUUUGAGGCUACUGGCCUUGGGCAAAUGAAUAUCAAUCCAUACGGAUGGAGCACUGAUGGUUCAGAGAGAACGCAGUAUCCUGCGCAGGUUAAGUUCCAUACGCGGAUGCAAUGCCGACCACUGCUUGAAAGCGAGUAUAAAGACAUCAUUGCCGACAACUACUACACCGAGAGUCAUUUCUGGUUUGAGCUUGAUCACUCGCAAACAAGCAAGCUGACAUCUAAGUUUGCAUCUGUAAAAGUUGCUCCAAGUAAUCCCAUACCACAGAUACCUAAGUCAUCAUCUGUAAAUGUUGCUCCAAGUACUUCUGUGCCACAAGGUGCGCUGAAUUGGAGAAAAGCUUGUUUUCCAGCUCCUCCCUCACAUGAUACAAAAGAACAACCUCCGGCUUCUCUUUCACAUGACACAAAAGAGAAAUGUCCGGCUUUUACUUCACAUGACACAAUAGAGGAACCUGAAUGGUUUGAACCACUUACCUCGGAGACUGAGCAUUUGAGUGAUUCAUGUCCGAAUUGGGAUGCCCCAAUUUUAUUUGGAAGAUAUAAUGCAUUGAAUUCCCAAUAUGAUGUGAAAGAGGCUGAACAAGUGGAGCAGGAAUGGGUAUACGGAAAACUGAAAGAGUUGGCUCUUCAAUAUGAUCUUAACGGUGAAUGUCAAGACAUGUCUUUCUCUGGAAAUGUUGACGAUAGUGCUGUCUCAAAUGAAAUGACCUGGGAGGACACUGAGGAGUCAAUGGCACCGUUGGGUUUAGAUGAGAAGAGGCCAGAGAGUUCUCGCUCCUCAUUUGAGCAGAAGAGCAGAGAGAGUUCCCGAUCCUUCUCUGAGAGUCCAAUCAUAACCAAGUUGAUUGAAGAGGUGGAGGAGCUCAAGGCUUCUAAGAAAGAACAAUCUGUGAAGAUCGGUUUAUUGGAGCACAAGCUGAAGAAGGCGGAGCUUGAAAUUCAGCAGUUAAAAGUUUGGUAUGAAGUCAGACUCACGGAGAAGCUAGGCUCCCUUGCUUACGACGAGAUUUGCUUGGCAUGGGCGGUUCAAUCCGAUCUGAGAAAGCUUGAGCGCACCAUGUCCACCAUCAAAGAUGUGCUCUUGGAUGCUGAAGAGAAGCAAGCAAAUAACAAGCAGCUACGCAGUUGGCUCAGACAAGUAAAAAAUGUGUUUCUUGAUGCCGAGGAUGUGUUGGAUGAGUUUGAGUGUGAAGCCCUGCGAAAGCAAGUGGUGAAAAAUUUCAUGGUACAUGUAGAAAGGGUGGCUCAUGAAAUCAAAGAGUUAUGGGAGAGGUUAGAAGAGCUUAAAGCCAAUAAGUUUAUCUUUGAUUCUCUCACUAGUCAUAGUAAAGGUUACUGUGAUGACCAUGAUAGCAAUCUGAAGUACGUGAUCAAGGCGAGAGAGACACACUCUUUCGUCCGUGCUUCGGAGGUUGUUGGUAGAGGGCUUCAGAAAGAAGCGAUAGUAAACCGUUUGAUUGAGCAAGGUGACGAUCAUGUCUCCAUUAUUCCUCAGUGCCCUUCUCUGAGAGAGAAAAAGGGUAGCUUAGCUGCAGCUACGACAAACAACAAUUUUUUUGCAAUGGGUGGUGGGAACAGAGUUGAUUGCUUUGCAGAUGUUGAGAUGCUUGAUUUAGCCUUGGGACGAUGGAUCCGUACACAGUCAAUGUUACAAAAGCGUAUGGCUCUUGCUGCGGUAGAACUCAAAGGUGUGCUUUAUGCCACCGGUGGAUAUGAUGGGAAUAGUUAUUUGAACUCUGUUGAUAGAUUCGACCCCAGAGAACGCAGUCGGACCAAAAUUGCCUCUACGCAUUCGAAAAGAAGCUGCGAGUCAUUGGUUGUUCUUAAUGAAAAAAUAUAUGUUCUGGGAGGCUUUGAUGGAGAUUCACUGGUCCAUAGCGUGGAAAGUUUUGAUCCACGGCUUGGGUCAUGGAUGCCGGCUGAACCAAUGUAUUUCCCCAGGGGAUAUCCAGCAGCUGCUAUUGUCGAAGAUACCAUGUAUGUAAUCGGAGGGAUGAAAGACGAUGAAAACAUAGCAGAGACAGUCGAAUACUACUACGAGGGGCAAGAUUGGCGGGAAAUGGCCACGGUGACCAUCGGUAAAAGGUGUUUCAUGUCUGCGGCUGCUUUUUCGACCUGAUCGUGCAAUGUUCGU